UAAGUUCGAAAACAGAUCAUGUGACUCUUCAAGUGCUUAUGUCUCUCACACAACCCCAGCCAGUUGUCUCUAUGUCAUCCAGUGCACAUUUCAGAGAUUUCUGCGUAUACUGGUCACUUAUAUAUAUGCACACUCAUAUCAUCCCACCAAAGCCAAAACAAGUCCACUCAUCCUCUCAUAUCAAUUCCUUACUUUCCUCUCUCGUUGCUUUUUGAUCUUCAUCACCUUUCCAGAAACAUUUCAUACUAGUUAGAUAGCCAUGGUUAUUCGAUUGCCCAGUAUUAUGCAUGCUAAGAACAUUCUCAGACGAUCAAACUCAUUUGGAAAGCAAGUACCAAAAGGCUAUAUUGCAAUAUAUGUUGGAGAGUGUGAAAGGAGGCGCUUUGUAAUUCCCAUAUCAUUUUUGAACCAGCCUUCAUUUCAAGAAUUGCUACGUAGAGCUGAGGAAGAAUUUGGAUUUGAUCAUCCAAUGGGUGGUCUCACAAUUCCCUGCAGCGAAGACAUCUUCAAUGAUCUCGCUUCUCGCUUACAUGAAUUGUGAUAUGGCGCCACUAAGAUAAAACAGCUGUGACAAUUUUGUAUAUCUAUGAAAAAUUCUUUCUUUCUUUCUUUAGGCAAAAGAAGAUAUGGGGAAUGUCCAUCCACUAAAGAUGUUACAAGUAGAAAUACCAUAGUCCCUCUCACAUUCUCUGGAGAAAUGUCAAAAUUGAGUUAACUUUUUGUUGAAAGUAAUCCUCUUUAGUUUUUA